UGAUGGGGAAACUGCCAUCGCGCAGCAAAACACGGCCUAUAUAUACCGCGUGAUGCGCUGAAGUUAGUGCAGGUUACUCUCCUGAACAAGUCUUUAUCAGUUGUGUUGUCGAUGUGUGAUGUUCUCAGGCUGAGCUUGCAAAGACCUAACCAUGGAAGCUCAGCUGAAAAGAGAGCUGGGGACGAGCAUGCUGAAGUCCGCUGGUCACUCCGGAGGCGGGUGCAUCAGCCAAGGCCAGAGCUACGACACGGACAGCGGGAGAGUGUUUGUGAAGAUCAAUCACCAGAGCGAGGCCAAGAAGAUGUUCGAUGGGGAGCUGGCCAGUCUGGACGCUAUUCUCAAGACAGGCACAGUAAAAGUCCCUAAACCUAUGAAGGUGAUCGAGCUGGACACUGGGGGGUGUGUGAUCGUGAUGGAACAUCUGGACAUGCGAAGUCUAAACAAGUAUUCAAAGCAGCUUGGGGAGCAGUUAGCUGAUCUGCAUCUUCACAACAAACAACAAAUGGAAAAAAUUAACAAGGAGCAGCAGACAGUGGGAAGGGGAGCUGGGCAGUUGGAGGACAACUAUGUCGACAAAUUUGGUUUCCCAGUUCCUACCUGCUGUGGAUAUUUACCCCAGAAUAAUGACUGGCAGGACGACUGGGUGACUUUCUAUUCUCAACAACGACUGCAGCAUCAGUUGAACGUAGUGGAAGAGUCUUAUGGAGACAGAGAGGCCCGAGAACUGUGGGCAGCACUGCAGCUGAAGAUCCCUCAGUUCUUUAAAGACCUGCAGAUCGUCCCCGCUCUCCUCCACGGUGACUUGUGGGGGGGAAACGUCUCAGAGUGUGCAAAUGGACCCGUCAUAUUUGACCCGGCUUCCGUCUACGGCCACGCCGAGUUCGAAUUGGGAAUCGCAGGGAUGUUCGGUGGCUUCAGCAGCUCCUUCUACUCUGCAUAUCAUGAGAAAAUUGUCAAAGCAGAAGGCUUUGCGAAGAGAAACCAGCUUUAUCAGCUUUUCCACUACCUGAAUCACUGGAACCACUUUGGUGGAGGGUACAGAGGCUCAUCCAUAAAGAUCAUGAAGGACCUGAUUAAAUGAUUUAACCUACACCCACAGUACUGACAGUCAUCCAAACUAGUUUUAUUUCAGUGAUUGGGGUGACAUUACGGCAUGAAAUGGCUCAUCAUUUCAUCUCUCUUAAUACUUUCUGUGUAACUCAAUCUAACUUCAAUGAGAAGUUGUGCAUUAUCCACCUUUAUUUUAGUUUUGAUGUGAAACUGAGCUUAUAAAACUCAAUAAAAACUCAAAAAAUUGUAA